CGAGGCAUCAAAAGGGGAGAUGGAUGUCCGGUCUGUGGCCAUCGUAACUUGACUCCCUGCCGCCGAGAGCAGUGCACACAUCACAUGGCCCUCUCACAGGUUGCACCCGUCGCCCUCCUGCUCACCGUCCUCGUCGUGCUGCCGCUCUCCUAUCUCCUCAUCCUCCUUGCCGGCAAUGGUGGCGGCGGCGAUGCACGACGGCGGAGGCUGCCGCCGUCGCCGCGUGGGCUCCCGCUGCUCGGCCACCUCCACCUCCUGGGCUCGCUGCCGCACCGCGCGCUCCGGUCCCUGGCGCGGGCGCACGGGCCCGUCAUGCUGCUCCGGCUCGGCCGCGUGCCCACCGUGGUGGUGUCCUCGGCGGCGGGCGCCGAGGAGGUGAUGCGGGCGCGCGACCGGGCCUUCGCGAACCGGCCCAGGAGCGCCAUGGCCGACCGCCUCCUCUACGGCUCCCGCGACGUCGCCUUCGCGCCCUACGGCGAGUACUGGCGCCAGGCGCGCCGCGUCUGCGUCGUGCACCUCCUCAGCGCGCGCCGCGUCCAGUCCUUCCGCCGCGUCAGGGAGCAGGAGGCCGCCGCGCUGGUCGGCCGCGUCCGCGCCAAGGGCGACGAGGACGGAGCGGCCGUCGUCGUCGGUCUGAGCGAGCUCCUCACCGAGUACGCCAACGCCGUCGUGUCGCGCGCCGCGUUCGGCGACGAGAGCGCGCGCGGCCUGUUCGACGGCGGCGACCGGGGACGUGAGCAGAGGAAGGUCUUCACCGACUUCCAGACGCUGAUCGGGAUGGAGCCGCUGGGGGAGCUCCUGCCGUGGCUGGGAUGGGUGGACGCCGCGCGCGGGCUAGAGGGGAAGAUUAGGCGGACGUUCGAGGCGCUCGACGCCUUACUCGACAAGGUGAUCGAUGACCACCGCCGGCGGCGACCUAAGAACGGGGAUGACGGCAUCGACGGCGAGCACUGGGACUUCGUGGACGUGUUGCUAGACGUGCACAAGCACGACCAAGAGUACGGCUUCCAGCUCGAGACCAACGAAAUCAAGGCAAUUAUAUUGGACAUGUUCGCCGCGGGCACGGACACCACCAGCACGGUGAUGGAAUGGGCCAUGGCGGAGCUCGUCACCCACCCGCGCGCCAUGCGCAAGCUCCAGGACGAGAUCCGCGCGGCGGUCGGCUCCACCGGAAGCGUCGACGAGGGCCAUUUCGCCGAGCUGCGCUACCUCAAGGCCGUGGUCAAGGAAACGCUCCGGCUGCACGCGCCGGUCGCUCUGCUUGUGCCCCGGGAGCCGCCGGCGGACGCCGAGAUCCUGGGCUACCACGUCCCGGCGCGCACGCGCGUGGUGAUCAACGCGUGGGCCAUCGGCCGGGACCCCGCGACGUGGGAGGACGCCGAGGAGUUUCUGCCGGAGAGGUUCUCCAGCAGCGCCGUGGACUUCAGGGGGCAGCACUUCGAGCUGGUGCCCUUCGGCGCCGGCAGGAGGGGGUGCCCCGGCCUCGGGUUGGCCGAGGCGAGUAUCGAGAUGGCGCUGGCGAGCUUGAUGUACCAUUUCGAUUGGGAGUCCACCGGCGGGACCGGGUCGUCGGCCGUGGAUAUGACCGAGAUGAGCGGGAUCUCCGUGCACAUCAAGUCCGGCCUGCCGCUUGUAGCUAAGCCCUGGACCCCUGCUACUCCAACCUGCUAGGGAAACACCUCUGCAUCGCUCGGAAGUCAGGAAGGACAACUGCUAUAGUCCUCAUGUGUCAAUACAAUCAUACUAUUAGUAUAAUUUAUUGAAACCUUAUUUUAAACCGCCAA